AUGUAUAAUUGUAGUUUGUGUGAGAAAUCAUUCUCUACAAGCUCUAAUCUUAAUAGACAUUUAAAAGUCCACCAAGGUAUUAGGUUUACAUGCGGAGAAUGUGAUUAUGACUUUAAGUAUCAAGGGAAUCUAUCCAGACACUGCAUUGCCAAACACGAUGGUGCGGGGCGAAACGGGCGUCCGGGAAAUCCUCUUCAACAAAGGGCAUCGGUUAUUCAGAACACAUCACACAUGCCUUCAACAUCUGGUUUAGGUCGACAGGCAGAACAACAGUUUUGGGGAAGCGCAGACGACGAAACAUUUGUCCAAGCCGAAAAUAAUAUGGCGUCAACUUCAAGAGUUGCUACAGAAACGACUGCUACAAAACGGUAUGUCCACUCAGUAUUAUCAUUAUCAUCGUUGCAGUCGUCAUCACCAUAGAAUAUUCAACAAAAUCAAC